GCUUAUUCCGAGCACCGAACGACAUCAGUACGUAUUACGACGUUUUGGAUAGCGGUUACCGUUCUCGCGCGUCAUGUUUCGGUACUGGCUACUAGCCAUCGUAUGGGGUGCGGUAUCGAUCGCAUUUGCCGAGGAUAAUGAUUUUGUGGACGUGUGUUUCGAUCACGAGGGAGAAAAACCACCGCACUGUGAGUUUAUCGACUUUGACGAUGUCUUCCAAUCGUCCAGCACCGACAUCAAGUUCAACUGGAGCUUCAUCACGAAGCUAACCAUCAGCAACAAGAAGAUAAUCGGUGUGCCGACGAAGAUGUUUGCCUCGCUGCCGAACCUUGAGAGCUUCAUCGUACUGAACAGUCUAUUCUACCGCGAGAUUGAUCCGAACAGCUUUGUCGACUGUAACAAGCUGAAUCACAUUGAAAUUACGGGAACGAACAUCACGCUACUAGAUUCGCACAUGUUUCCCAAAACCCCCAAGCUGCAGUAUCUGCUGUUCCACCACAACCGUAUCGCCGAGAUCAAGCACGAUGCGUUCGAGUUUUUGGGCGAGCUGGAAGAGCUUAACCUGUCGUACAACAACCUGACACGCCUGCCGAGUGGAGUGUUUCACAAGCUGCGCAAGCUAAAAACGCUCGAUCUCAACCACAACCGACUGCUGCUGCUCAGCUUCGAUAGUUGGUUCCCUCCGGAUGGUGCCGUUGCGCUGACGUACCUCGAUGCGUCCUACAACCAGCUGGUCGACAUGUCCUGGACGGAGAUUAGCGUACGCAAGGUGAACCUUAAGUACAAUAAUCUGACCAGCGUACACGUGAACGGAAACUGCAGUGAGUUUCAUGCCUCACACAACGCCAUCGAUACGGUAACCGUCGGGCGCAAUUGCAGUCUCGAGAAGCUCUAUCUGGCCCACAACCGUCUGCAGGGAUUCGAUUGGUUGCAGCGAUGUGCCGAUACACUUCGCUCGCUGGACAUUUCGCACAAUCUGCAGCAAAAGGGGACGGACUUCCUGAACCUGAAGCAAAUCACCGCCCUCAACAUCGAGUGCACGAACAUCAGCCUAAACUAUAAAACGUUGCACGAUUUGCGGAAGCUGCGCUUCCUGGACAUAUCGUACAAUAAUCUGAAGAAGAUCGAUCUGGAAAAUUUAACCUCGCAGCGGCUGCUGGAAAGGCUGAUGAUCAGCGGCAACCCGAUCGCUAACAUCUCGAUCGGUUCGAUCAAGAGAAAUUUCCCGAACCUGAAAUCGCUCGGUAUCUACGAUCUGCCCUGGAACUCGACCUCGCUGUCAAUUGCGAUCGACGACUUGAAGAAGCAUGACAUCCAACCGUACAUACGGAGCGACUACCUGUUCGACGAGUCGAAGUGUCCGUUGAAGGUGACGCCAGCGUUCGGUAACGAGACCGACCAUGAGCUGGGCGAUGAUGAUCGUGCCGGGGAAAGGCACGAACACGGUCGUGAAGGUGAUAAGACGGCAGAGUAUGUCGUCAUUGCACUGCUAUUGUGUAUGGUGUGUGGACUGCUGGGUAAAUUGUUUGUCGAUAGUCGAUACUUUCCGGUAGUGCUUAAGGAACGCAUCCAGCGACGAACGUCCAUCUCGCACGAAAGUUUGGUUUCUUGCGAUUUGAACGGCUACUUACUGGUGGGCAUCACUCUGAGUGCCGUCGUUUCAUUCGAUUCGGCGGAUGCAGCGCUAUGCAUGUGUCAUCCAGCUAGUUGCGUUGUAAUCAACGCAAACAGCACCGUACUAAACCACCCAGAGAUGUUCUGCCCCGCUAACAUCAUGAACAUCAAUGAUCUGUUGAUUUUGCGCUACAACGAUACGAUUCUAACCGUGGACUCCUUCGCACCUUUUACCAAUCUGACCUCGAUAGAAAUUUUUCAAGGAUCGCUCAGUCGCAUCGAACCGGGAGCAUUCGAAAAGACGCCCGCUCUGUUCAAGAUCAUCAUCCGAAGCAACGUUCUGAGCGCGCUCGAGGACUACACCUUCCGCGGGCUGGAUGCGCUCCACAUCCUCUAUCUAAUCUCGAACAACUUGACCAGCAUCGCACCGAAUGCAUUCUACGGGCUAAAGAAUCUCACCCAGCUGGUGCUUUCGGGAAAUCAAAUCACCCAACUGCCACCGACGCUGUUCAGCUCCACCCCGAUGUUGCGAUCAGUCAGCUUAAGCAACAACAUGCUCACCGAAUUGCCCGCUGGCAUCUUCGACAGCAUAGACUAUCUGUUCAAGCUGGACCUAUCGUACAAUCAGCUGAAAACGUUUGAUUUUCCUGACCUCAAGGUAACACUGCUGUUCCUGCACAACAACUCGCUGACCAGCCUACAUGUGGGUGAUCAUGUGAAGGUGGUACAAGCGAACCACAACCGCAUCGCGAAACUAUCGGGCAGCGGUUUUAACAUCACCGAUCUGCUGCUGAGUGAUAACGCCAUUACGGACGUGACACCGAUUAUGCUGAUGAAAAACAUUUCGAAGCUUAGCCUAAGCAAUAAUCCUCUACAGCCGGACAGUGUGUUUGGGUCGUUGGAACAGUUGGAAGAGCUGUUUCUGAGCCAUACCAGCAUUAUGAUCAACGAGCAAACGUUUGCCAACUUAAGCUGGAUGUCUUUGCUCGACCUGUCCUACAACAAUAUGACGGAGCUUGAUUUCCGUAUGUUUUCCUCCAUGAACAAGCUCAAGUCCCUGAUCGUUGCCUACAACCGCAUUGAGACGAUCAACUUUAUCGAGCUGCGGGAAUACCUGCCCGAACUGCGAGUGCUCGAGAUCUGUGGCAAUGGUUGGAACGCCACCUACAUGGAGCGUAUGCUAAGCAAGAUGCGCAAACACAAGCUGCGGGCAGACAUGCAAGGACUUUCGAACUCACUCAUCUUCUCCUCCGUGUUUGUGGAGCUGUGCUCGGCGGGCGUAGAAACAACCACCAAGGCCGCGAACGACUACAGCGACUACUACGCGGAAGAUUUUGGCGAUGGCAUCGAACAGGAAAUUGCGGAAUAUGCUUCAUCAUCCCCCCGGCCGUGGUCGACAGUGUCCGAGCCGAUGAAGGCUGGUCACAUUGCGACGACGAUGGCGCCAAUGUUUGCGAAUGAACCAACGGCUUCCGUUCGCUUGAACACAAUGGUCACCGCGGACGUGGUCGUUCCUCCGGCAGAGCAGCAGCCGGUGGUAGGAUCAUCACCACUCUACGUCACAUUCCAGGUUCUAGUGUACACGUUCUCCGUGUUCGGUAUCGUUUGUCUCGGGGUGCUCGCUUACCAUAUGCGCAAGCGUCGAUUCGAUGUGCGUCGGGCCACGUCGGUCGACAAAGGAGAUUCUGUGCGCCUUGUCUAAAACGGUGCAGAGUGCUGUGCAUAGUGGACUGACACGUACAGAAUGUGAGCGUAAGUGGAGCAGUAAAUUUGUUUUGUGGCCUUCGGCUUCUGAUUUGUUAUGAUGUUUGCUUGCACCUCGGAGCGAUAAGCUUCCGUACAAAUUUGGAACCGGUAGCUGUACAGUCAUAUCAACUGCAGUAGAUGUGUGAAUAGCCGUACAUUUAAAAUUUGUGAUGAAAGUAAGAAGCGGAUGUGACGAAGUUAAAAGUGGAAUUAAUAAGGAUUGUCGGGAGGUAGUUUCACAGCAAAGAGUCAAUAAUUGAUAACCUGCGGAAGGCAACAUAAAUAGUAUACUCCAAAAGUGUCAGUAGAUGUAGACAACUAACGGUUGUCUGCCUACAUUGGUAAAAAAAACACAAUUUUGUAUGACAAAAUGUUAAUAAAAAGUAUAAUGAACGGUAAAAAUC